AGUUCUGACAUUUUCCUUUAUGAUGACUCUUCUAUGUCCGAUGGCAGCCUCUACGCAAGUGAUCAGGAAAAUCUGUCUACGCCACGGAAAAGGUCGGACUGCCGACGCCUCCACAAGCGUCGGUCACGUUGUCCUCAGCAGCAGAUGCAGCAGCGGCAGGCGGCCAAUCUCCGCGAACGUAGACGCAUGCAAUCCAUAAACGACGCCUUCGAGGGGUUGCGAGCUCACAUUCCCACUCUACCCUACGAGAAACGCCUCUCCAAAGUUGACACUCUGAAGCUCGCUAUUGGUUACAUUAGUUUCUUGGGUGAACUGGUACGAACAGAUCGCAGUAUUUCAGACACCAUGCUGUCUGGGGUCGGCAACGUUCAAAAUAAAGAAGAACAGAAAAAGGUGAUCAUCAGAGGCAGCAAUUUCCAAGCACAUUCAUUGUCUUGGUCUCGUCGUGGAGAAAAGCCGACGGCUGGAACACUGCACGCUAAAAUUUGGGUGCCCGAAGAUCCUAAAAUGUUCUGCACCUCAAACAACAUUGUUGAUAAGAAAGAAUAAAUUUAAAAAAUUAGUUAUAACAAAUUUUAAAAUCUGAAUCUACGUGUUUCAGAACUUUGUUAAAUUGUUAAAGUUAUCGUGUAACAAGCUUAAUUACGCCUCUAUAAUAUUACUUGUGUAUAUAACUAGUUUUUUAUGUUAAAUUAAAUUAUGUUAAU